GUCGUCGUGUACGGUCGGUUGUCAGAAAUCGAUGCGCGGAGUUUUGCGCCCUCGUGAGUGUUUGCAGCGUGUCUAAACUUCCACAAAAGUUUAGAAACUUUAUUUUUAUUCUGCAAGAAAUAUUAAAAAGCAAUGGUAGGAACAAUUGUUGAUGGUUUAGUUGGGUAGUGUUUGAAUUGCGCGGCGUUUCUUGGUGACACAUGACGAUGGACUUUCAAAGUGCGAUGGAGACCUUCGCGGAAGCAUGGGUUGCCGCCAAUUCAAAGAGCAGUCCUUUGGCAGAUUUAACUACUCAGAGUCAAGCAUUAGCACUGACGAGAAACUGCAAAAGUCCUAGUACUCAAAAUGGCGGCGGGGGUGUAGGAGCAACCACAGGAAGUAAUAAUAACGGAAGUGGAGAAAAUGGCGAACGACGUGGUAUGAACAACGGGGAAGUACCUGAAAGACGUACACCGACAACACCAGAGGAGAGAAAUGCUACACCGAUGGAUGCAGUGUCGCCACCUUCCGUCAAAGAAGAGUUUGAAAAUGGCGGGAAAACACUAGCUAAAUCUCUACCGGUGCAUUGUGUGGUUGAAGCUGUGUGUUCCCUAGAAGAUACACGUUCUUCAAUCAAUUCCAACUCGAAUUCAUGGAGGCGGCGAACCCUGGUGGAAACUGACAGUUUUGUCAUUAUUCCCGUAUCGACACCGUUUCAUGAUUUGGUCCAGGCUGCUCUUUUACAGUUAGGGUACUCACCGGAAAGUGUUGCCGCCGCCAAGGGGGCGGUUGUUAUCAAAAACUGGAAGGCAUUAACUUUUGAUCAAAUCUCCGAUGACCCAAUUGCAAGCGUUGGUGAAAUUUUGGGAGAAUUGACAAGCGUAGCCACGCUUCGGAUUCAAGUAUUCCGGGGGCGGCCGGGUGCAGUUACAGAUAUCAAAGACAAACUGCUUAGAUUUCUCAUGGUGCAAUCUCAUGGCGUACUUAUGUCUUCUGGAUGUCCACUAGAUGAGGUGCUCCUUUCUCAGAUCUGCAGAGGUGGAGCAGGUAACACACCACCUGAGAUGACAGAAGAAUCUCGUAAGAAGUUUGACCAAUGGUGGUCAGCCCAAUUCAGUCCCCAGUCUCCCAGCAGGCCUCACUUGGCCCCACCAUGUCAAUUUCCAACCUCUGCCCCUCAUCCAGCCAAACUCCUCGAACGCACCUCUCUACACCCUGAUCCCGUUGGUCAUCCAGCCCUUCAAACCGUACACAAUCAAUUCCCCACUCAAAAAACCCGCAUGCGGACCAGUUUUGAUCCCGAACUUGAAUUACCAAAACUACAACGUUGGUUCGCGGAUAACCAACACCCAAGUCGUCAACAGAUCCAACAAUAUGUCAAAGAACUGAACAGUUUGCAAUCGCGCAGAGGUCGGAAACCCCUAGAUGUAAAUAAUGUUGUUUACUGGUUUAAAAAUGCUAGAGCAGCUCAAAAAAGGGCUGAAACCAGACAAGUAGGUCACUUGGUGAAUGGGUAUAAUAAUUAUAGUCCUACGAAUGGAUCGGGGUUUCUGAUGAAUGACGGGUAUCUUCCUUCGGAGAGGAUGGAUGGAUGGAGAAAAGGUGCUUGUAGAAGAGGACCUAAUACUUCUCAUAUGUCUGAUGAGUUUAGCAAUACUGGAUCUGAUCUGGAUGAAGAGGAUAUGACGGAACCUCCGGGGAGCCCAGUGGGUCCUUUGUCUUUGACCACGAGGAAAACUGAAUCAAGGGAUGGGAGUCCAAGGUCAUCAACACCUAUACCAGAUCAGAUUGAGCCAAAGAUUGAACCAAAGUGUGACGAACCAAUCAACUACCACUCCUCCAGCGAUCACUCAAACAACAACAAAGUCCACUCGAUUUCAGACAAUGGUGACCCAGACCCCGAUGCAGCCGAGGAACCCGACUCCGAACCAGAAACCAAAGGAAACUACGACAUGAUGACCCAUAUGAUGCGCCCACGCAGCUGUGAUUCCCCCACGGAACCCCAUCCACUAAGCGGACACCGUGUGCCAAACGAAGGUCUUGAACGUCUCGCUGCUUCUUUCCCACUGGUGCCCAACUCUAUGUUCAGCCACAGCAUUAUGUACAUGAGCCAAUACAUCCCAGGUCUUCAACAUGCAGCUGCGGGUAGUCCUCCAGGGGCAUCAUCCGCAUUGACAAUGUCUGCUCUAUCAGCAGACGAGCGCCGCAAACGUAAUCGUACUUUUAUAGAUCCUGUUACUGAGGUGCCAAGGUUAGAGCAAUGGUUUUCACUGAAUACUCACCCCUCGCAUAAUCUCAUUCUGAAAUAUACUGAAGAGCUCAACUGCAUGGCGUACAGACAAAAAUUUCCACGUCUUGAACCGAAAAAUGUGCAGUUUUGGUUUAAAAAUCGCCGUGCUAAAUGCAAACGACUGAAGAUGUCGCUGUUUGACUCCCAAGGCGGCCAUUUUGGCGAUAAAGAAUAGGAUUGGUCCAUGCAGGGCCGUACUUAGUAAAUUUUAACAAUUAAUAUUCGAAUUACCAAAGAUUUCUACAAUAAUGAACACAUUUUCGACAAGUAUUACAGGAUAGUGUUAGGUGGUACAUAUUUGUUUGUUUGUUUGUUAUUUGAAUGUUACGUUUUUUCCGUUUUGCUGUUAAAUAAUCGCAUAAUCGACAACUGAUGUACUCUGGUGGAUAUUGUUAACAAGUGAACCGCAAAUAAUUGUUGUAUCGUACGAAAUAAGUCUGUAUCGGAACCCAAACAUGUGUCUGUCUGUAAGAGACCCUUUUUUCCAAACAAAAUCAUUCUAUGACGAAUAAUGACGACCCGUUUAUGUUUGCCAUACUAUUUAUAAGAAUGUAUCAAAUGUAAAUAAAGAUUACAUACAGUAAAACUAA